CUCCCCCUCUCCAUCCACUUCGACGCCUCCCUCUCGUCUGCGAUCUCCUCGCAUCCGGCUCCCCCUUGUCCGACACCUCCACAGUCACAUUCUGUGUUCUCGUCUUCGCCAUGUGGAUCGUCAACUGGUUCUACGAUAUUCUGGCCUCGCUGGGCCUCCUGAACAAGCACGCUAAGCUUCUGUUCCUCGGUCUCGACAAUGCGGGCAAGACGACCUUGCUGCACAUGUUGAAGAACGACCGUGUCGCCGUUCUGUCGCCCACCGCUCACCCGACCUCGGAGGAGCUGGCCAUCGGUAAUAACCGCUUCACGACCUUUGAUCUGGGUGGUCACCAGCAGGCCCGUCGUCUGUGGAAGGACUACUUCCCUGAGGUCAGCGGCAUCGUCUUCCUGGUCGAUGCCAAGGACUACGAGCGUUUCCCCGAGUCCAAGGCUGAGCUGGACGCCCUGCUCGCCAUGGAGGAUCUCGCCAAGGUCCCCUUCCUCGUGCUCGGUAACAAGAUCGAUCACCCCGACGCUGUCUCCGAGGAUGAGCUGCGUCACCAGCUCGGUCUGUACCAGACUACUGGUAAAGGCAAGGUCCCUCUCGAGGGUAUUCGGCCCAUUGAGCUGUUCAUGUGCAGUGUUGUCAUGCGUCAAGGAUACGGCGAGGGUAUCCGCUGGCUGUCUCAAUACGUCUAAACAUCGUCAACGAGUACGAUAUCCAGCCUGAACACCUCCUCUCAGCCACCAUACCCACCCUCCUCUCUAAUUUCGCCCCCAAUCGCCAAAUACCGGCGUAGCGGACUGGAUCCCCCAGCUCCACCAUGUCCCACACCGUCAACACGCAAAUACCUAUGUUGUGACGGACAUAGCCCUCGAAUACCUCGAAUCAAGCCAGGCCCCAAACGCCAGGCUAAGACUCUAGGAUCUAACCUCGCUCUGUAACCCUCCCCAUUCCCCCUGAAUGCAUGUCUUUAUUUUUCUCUGCCUAUGCUUUUCUUUGCGCCUUUUGUCUACACACUACAGCCAAUUAGCCGGUGAA